AUGUCAACCGCCAUUUUAACCUUCUCCCCUUUUGAGCCUGCUAAUGAAGUCUGGGAAGCGUAUUUAGAACGUUUCGAAUGCUUCCUGCAGGCGAACAAUUUAUCUGAUAUCUCGAGCGCUAGGAAGCGUGGUUACUUCCUUAGUUUUUGUGGUCGUCACGUUUUUGCGACGGCUCGGGCUCUCACCGCGCCACAAGCAGUGUCGUCCGUCCCUUGGGACACACUACUGGAGAAACUACAGGCCCACUACUCCCCGAAACCCUCCCGCGUGGCCAGACGACAUCUUUUUAGACAGCGGUUCCAGGGUGAGGGCGAGUCUAUCAAUGAUUUUAUGGCGUCCCUUCGCGAUGCUGCGCUACAGUGCGAGUUCACCGAUUUGGAAGACAUGUUGUUAGACCAACUAGUUACAGGGGUCAAGGACCUGCGGUUGCAGCGCCGCCUACUGGCCCGCUCUGAAGUGACACUCCAGGUGGCUAUCGAAGAGGCACGAGCUUCUGAAAUGUCGGAACGGUCGUCAGCAGAGAUCCAGCGGUUCCAUGUUGGCACCGCUGCGGCUGCUGCUGCCGUCAAGCCGCUAUCAGUCCACCAUGAAGACGCAGAUGGCGACGCGCCGUUCCCUGCUGAUGAAGCUGUGCGCCGCCUCAAUGCAGCACGAAGAAAUGAGUGCAAUCGCGAGGGGAGGGGAAACCCAGAUAUGUGCCUCGGGUGCGGGAGAAACCACAACCACUCGAGCUGCAGAUUUAAAACUGCGAUUUGUCGCCGGUGUGGCCGAAUGGGUCACCUAUCGAGAGUCUGCCGGGCCCUACUUCCAGCCCCAACCACAUAUUCGACCCCGCUCGAACCGAGGCGCGAUGCAAGACGAAUGCCGAGUCGCCGUGACGAACACCAGCCCGCCUCCAAGGGCUAUGAUGUUGCAACGAUUGACGUCAACCACGCCUCUUCCGGUAUUCCCGUCCAAAAGAUCUUCCUUAGAGUUCUUCUAGAAGAUGUACCAAUUUCAAUGGAGAUUGACACCGGCUCCUCUAGAUCACUCAUCGUGUGGCCGACGCUGCAGAAGUUGAUGCCCCACAUCUCUAAACGCUGCCUUCAGCCCUGUCAGAUCUCGUUAAGGGACUAUCAGGGCCGACAAAUUCCUACUGUGGGAUGCGGGGUUUUUCGGGUCGCCCAUGGGUCCUUCUUGGGGAAAUUACCUCUCAUUGUAGUCAGGGAUAACCUCCCAAGUCUUUUAGGGCUGGACUGGUUUGCUGCCCUACAUCUUGAAGUGUCCGGAGUCCAUGCUAAUGUCCUAGAUACUCCAGACAAUUUAUUUUCAGAGUUUGGGGAUGUAUUUGACGGCAGUCUGGGCAAGUACACUGGUCGCCCUAUCGCUUUUAAUCUGGACCCUCAGAUAGCUCCCAGGCGCCUUAAACCCCGACGGGUUCCCCUAGCGCUCCGUCCCAGGGUAGACAAAGAGCUAGAUAAACUUAUUUCCCAAGGAGUCCUUGAACCUAUAGACCAUUCUAAUUGGGAAACCCCCAUUGUGAUUCCAUUAAAGCCGGACGGAUCCAUUAGGAUCUGUGCCGACUACAAAUGCACCAUAAAUAGAGCCCUGCAGGAUAAUCCUUAUCCGGUCCCAGUUGUACAACAUCUCCUUCACUCAUUGGGGCAAGGCAGAAUAUUUGCUAAAUUAGACCUCGCCCAGGCAUAUCAGCAACUCCCGGUGGAUGAGGCGACCGCCAUGGCCCAGGCAAUUGUCACCCACCGGGGUGCCUUUAAGUGUAACCGCCUGCAGUUCGGGGUCAGCAUAGCCCCCGGGCUAUUCCAAGGCUUGAUGGAGCGAUUGCUCCACGGAAAUCCAGGGGUUGUACCCUAUUUCGACGACGUUCUGAUCUCCGCCAGGGACAGGUCAGAACUCAUCGAACGCUUGAGGGCCCAUAAACCAUUGCUGGGGUUGCUGGCAGGCGACCGCCAAACCCCCCAAAUUCUAUCCCCACGCAUGUCCCGCUGGGUGGAAUUCCUUGCCGCCUAUUCCUACCAACUGUUGUAUAAGCCCGGGAAAUCUAUAGGGCACGCGGACGCGCUUAGCCGCUGCCCCUUACCUAUAACGGAGGCCGACCCAGCCCCGACGUCCGCUGUCCUUCUUGUUGAGGACUGGGACGUUCCUGUCUCUGCUGUCGAUAUCGAGAGUUUGUCUGCUAAGGACCCAUUUCUGUCUAAAAUCAUCGAUUGGGUGAAAAGGGGUUGGCCGCGGGAAUCACUAGCUUCUGAAUUCCUUCCAUACUCCCGCCGGCAGCAUGAACUAUCUGUCCUUAAGGGGUGCCUGUUGUGGGGGAAUAGGGUAGUAGUACCCCCCGACUUGCGUAAGCGCAUCUUGAGUUGUUUGCAUGACGCCCACCCAGGAAUGGUAAGAAUGAAAGCCUUAGGGCGCAGUUACGUUUGGUGGCCGGGGAUGGAUCAGGAGAUCGAGGCCUGGGUGGCAAAUUGCCCCCAGUGCCAAGCCUCUAGAUCAGCGCCAGCCGCUGCCCCCGUCAGGAACUGGGAGAACCCCAGAAACCCUUGGGCGCGAAUCCAUGUGGAUUUCGCUGGACCUUUUUUGGGCCAAACCUUCCUAAUUCUAGUCGACGCCUACUCGAAGUGGGUUGACAUUGCAUUGACACCUUCCCCCACGGCUGGAGCCGUCGUCAGGGUCCUGGAAACCCUGUUUGCCACCCAUGGACUUCCCGAUGUCAUUGUCACUGAUAAUGGGGCCCAAUUUACAUCGGCCUAUUUUCAGCAGUUUAUGGCACGGCUGGGCAUCCGCCAUGCCCCCACAGCUCCUUUCCACCCGGCGGGAAAUGGCCGGGCGGAAAGGGCCGUUAGGGCAGCUAAAGAAGCAUUAAGCCGCCUUCGACGCUUGCGAACCACUCUAGAUCGUCUGCAUCCGAGUUUCACUCCAGAUAUACCCAGAUGCACAGAUUCCAACUAUAGGAAUUUCAGGGUGGGGGACCUGGUCUACGCAGAAAACUUCGGGGCUGACACCCGGUGGCUCCCCGGUACUAUCAUUCAAUUAACCGGACCCUAUUCUUAUAGGGUCCAACUGGGAGAUGGACGCCCGUGGCGCCGACAUAUAAAUCAGCUGCGCCGAAGAAUCGCAGGGCCGGCCGAUCCAUGCCCUGAGCAAAGCAUCGCUGCUCCAACACCCGACCAUCUCUUCGGGGGUCCGGUGGCCCAGCCAGACACACCACGUACUUCAACCCCCGAAGCGGUCUCGCCGGCUGCCUUACCUGCAGUUCCCGUUGCUGCAGCAUCGCCAGGGCCUUUUCCCGAUCCAGAUGUGCACUCUCCACCCUCGGAGCAGGAUGGCAGUCCGGCUCCUCCCACUCCAGCGCCACCGACUCAAGAACUAAGACAAUCGGGGCGGAGCCGACGGCGCCCGGCAUAUCUCGCAGAUUAUGCAUGUGCCAUCCGGAGGGUGAAGGGUGUUAUGUCCUCGGGAAUACGACCCGAGGAGAGAAUGCCUGUUGCUAGCCGUCGCUGA